ACGACCCCCUCGUUAGCCAACCUGGCACCGUGCCCCCCUUUACCCGGCGCAACACCGUGCCAGCGGACGGGCUGCCCAGCACCUGCCCGGCGAUGCCAGGAGAAGCCCGCCUCUCUCCCUGGACCGGCAGCACCCACCCUGCCUCGGCGGUGCCAACGGCGCGGUGCCAGGCUUGACGGACCGCUGCCCGACUGGCGAGACCGGGCAGGAGAAGGUGGCACCGGGGGAAGGAGAGCAGUAACAGCAGCCCUGGGAUGUCUGGAGAGAGUGAAGAGAUCACCCGCCUUCGCAAGCCGCGCUUCUCCUACGAGGAGAACCAGAUCCUGAUCCAAGAAGUGCGGGCCAACUAUGCCAAGCUCUACGGCACCCAGAGCCGGCGGGUGACGGUGGCCGAACGACGGCGGGUCUGGGAAGGCAUUGCCGCCAAGAUCAACAGCAUCACCAGUUGGAAACGGACCGGCCAAGAGGUGCAGAAGCGCUGGAAUGACUUCAAACGGCGCACCAAGGAGAAGCUGGCACGGGUGCCCCAUUCCACCCAGGGUGCGGGCAACGCCUGCGACGAGACCUUCUCGGCUGAGGAAGAGACCAUCUUUGCCAUCCUGGGCCCUGGUGUGAUGGUGGGCGCGGGCGGGGCAGAACCCAGCGCCCUGCAGAACACGCCGGGGUUUGCCACCCACAGUUACCGCCUGGCAGCUGAGCAUUGUGCAGAUGCGCCAGCCAGAAGCAACGUUUCCUGCAGCCCAGAGACUUCGGCCCGGCCUUCCUGCUGCACUCUGGAUGGAGGCUUGCUGAGGCCCAAGGAACGUGACUCGCCAGCACCCCCUUCAGCCCAGCCCACGGCGCUGCAGGUUGUCCACCUGGCUCCUUCCCCAGCCAGCUUAGGCUGCAGGCCGCUUCCUGAACACUCCCCCACGGAGCCGCGGGGCACCACCCCGUGCCCCUCCAUCUCGCCGACGGUGCGGCGCCGGCGCACCCGCCUGGAUCCACCCGUCGAGCCUCCUCUGGAUUUCCUGCAGGCCCAGAGGGAGACGGCCGAAGCCAUCCGUGAGCUGACGUAUACCCUGCGGCAAGGCCUCGAGCGCCUCACCGACGUGGUGGCCGCGCUGCUGCCUCUCCUCCCGGCCCAGACAAAUAGCCUGCUGCACCCCCAGGGGGAGACCCCUGCCCCCACGGCAGCCCCUUCCACAGAGACUCUGCCCCCCCGGGACACCUUCACCACCAAGGUGGAGCUGUCCCCGGAGCAGGGGGAGAGCGAGGGGAGGCCACUGCCAGAGGAAGGGCAGCCCGUGGCCGAAACAGGGCCUUCCCCAAGCCGCGCCCCUCUGCCCCAGAAGCGGAGGAAAGGCAUCCCCACUCGCAAACGCAGGGGGCGCUGGAAGAACUUGUGAGCGCUUGGAGGACCCGACGCUGCCCCCUGCAGGAGGGGGGGAAUGCACGCCUUGUGGGGGGCGAGGUCUUCGUGACUAGGCCUCGAAUCCUGCCCCCAAAGAGAUCCCCACUGCCAUCCUACGGAUCAUGCCAGAUUGUACCCUUUGCAAAACAGGGCCCUAACCCUACUUGCGUUUGGUUGUUUUUGUCAUGCCUACACAACGUGCCAUCCACUCAAAGGCAGUCUCCACCACCACCACCACCCCACUCCCAACAGGCAUAGAUUUUGUAGCCUGACAUUGCUUAAGAACAUCUUGUUUUUCGCAGUCCUGGGCAGGCAGCAAAACCGGGAGGUUUUCUGAGAGGCCGACCGGUUGCCCGGUUGCAAAUUUGUGCUGGUUUAAGAACCGAAAGACUCCCAGGAUAGUUCAGUGAGAAGGGCAGCCGGUGGCUGAAACGGGGCCACCCAUGAUGCAGUUCAAAUGGAAAGAACGCCCCCCCCCCCACAAGCCCUUUCUGCCAGCCCCACAGUUCUGGCAAUCCCCC